AUGGAGGCUUUUCUGGCUGGGAAAACACCAGUUCAGAAAGGAACUACUGGAGCGUAUAAAGAGGGGUCUACAACCUGGUAUCCCACAACAACGCCUAGGCCUACCACAGUCCCCGGAUCGUGUUUCUGGGAGGGAAAAUGGUAUCAUGAUGGUGACGUCCUUUACAGCGCACCUGAUGGAUGCAAUGGUGGAUACUGCGAGGCUGGUGGUGUGGUAAACUGGGACCAUGAGUGCUACUUCUACACACCAGACUGUUUUGGUCAACAAAUUAAAUUACCCGACCAAUGUUGCCCUCUUUGUUUGAAUACAACAACACCACCAUCAACGACUAUACCGACGACAACAAUUCCGACGACGACUCCCCGAGCCCCGCCCGGAGCCUGUGUUAUUGACAACAAAGUCUACGCUAAUGGGGAGGAGAUUUCGCGUGCGCAAGACAACUGUUAUGGUACUAUUUGUUCGAAUGGUCAAACGGUGUCCUGGGACCACGAGUGUUUCCUUCAACCACCUUAUUGCUCUGGUAUAGAGGAGAAACUACCUGACAAAUGUUGUCCCCUGUGUCAUACAUCAAACACGACAACACCACCACCAACGACCAUUCCGAGGACGACAAUUCCGACGACGUCACCCCGAGCCCCGCCUGGAAGCUGUGUUAUUGACGACAAAGUCUACGCUAACGAGGAGGAGAUUUCGCGUGCGCAAGACAACUGUUACGGUACCAUUUGUUCGAAUGGUCAAACGGUGUCCUGGGACCACGAGUGUUUCCUUCAACCACCUUAUUGCUCUGGUGUCGAGGAGAAACUAUCUGACCAAUGUUGUCCCCUGUGUCAUACAUCAAACACGACAACAGCACCGCCACCAUCAACCAGCAGUAGCACUAACAGCAGCACUGAACCCCUCCGUGACGUUUUUAGUUCAACGCCUUCUUACAAUGCCAGUACAGACUGUUUGAUUAACGGAAGAUGGUUCGAAGGAGGAACUCGAACCUCCACGGAUCCGUGUAAACCAUGCUUCUGUCUGAAUGGAAAGGAGCGGUGUUCGCCACGUCAACAGUGUAGCGAGGUGCAGGACUGUCCUGAGUUCUACACCCCACAAGGGCAGUGCUGUCCCGUUUGUGGAUCGUCGGCUGACAAGUGUUCACCCCUGACUUUGUGUUUACUUGCUGUGCUUUCAUUUACAAAAUUGUCGUUCUUCAAUACGUAAUUAGAGUUCUGUAUGUGUGUGUAUUUUUGUUGAACAUUGUUAUGCAUUGGUGUCAAUGGGUUGCUUUCUUAAUUUUGGUAAUAAAACAUUUGGGUUUA